AUGCUCUCUCCAAAUGCGGCCUUGAUUACAAUUGAUUACAUCCUCUUCUUCUCCGUCCACAAUAUAGCAGCGCAUACAGCAGCGCAUACAGCAGCGCAUACAGCAACACAUACAGCAACACCUACGGCUGCACUUACGGCUGCACCUGCAGCUAAAAAGCGCGGCCGGCCGCCUGGUGCAAAGGAUAAGGUACCACAGAAAAAGGCACGAGCUCAGAGGCAAGAUAGUACUCAGCCUACGCCUCAGCCUACGCCUCAGCCUCAGCCUCAGCCUCAUCCUCAGGCACAGAGGCUUAGCCGAGAGGAGCUUCUACGUCAGCUUGCGACGUAUGAUGAAGAUAUUGAGGCGGAAAUUAACCGAGAUAUUGAGCAGGCGGAGGCGGUGAUGCGAGGGGGCUAG